AUGGCGAGUGGAGGCAACACAUCAGUUGCAAGUCGGAGACGUGGUUGGAGAACUAUUGAUGAUGUCUUCCGUGUUGACAGCGGUUCGACUGGCUUUCUAAGGGGGCAACUUAGAAGAGGAGAACAUCCUAAGUGCAAGUGCAAUACAUAUGCCGUAAUAUCUAGGUCUCGCACAACAGAGAACCCAAAUAGGCUGUUCUUUGGCUGUCCUCACUUCAAGGAGAAGCAAGGUUAUUGUAAUUUUUUUGUAUGGUUUGAUGAGAUUUUUGGGUGUCUGGUGGAUGAUGUAGUUGAAAGCAGUAGAUUGGCCUCUAUGGAGACAUGUAAGGGUGAAGAAUUUGGUGCAGGUUUGAAUUAUACUUUGGAGGAGAGAGUGAAACAAUUGGAGGAGAUGUUGAUAAAGAGGAAUGAAGAUAGUUCAAAAAUCAAGAAAGAUAGUGUUUUCAGGUUGUUUAGUAGUGUAAUAAUGGGUGCACUUGUAGUUGUGAUUUUAUUUUGUAUCUAUGUGGUGGUUAUAUAA